UUGUUUGCCAGCUGUACCGAGAGAGGGCUGGGCUUCUCUUCUCUAACCAUCUAACCAUCAGCCGGGAGAUAGCAUGGGAUCCCCAACCUGCGAGAGAUAACCUUCCCACCGCACAACAUAAAAGGUGUCCAUGUGGGAGAAGGAAGACGUGAAGAAGCAAAUAUGAGUACUCAAACUACCCCAGAUCCUGUCUCCUCUCCCCCAUCUCAUGGGCAGAAAUACUUUGACCGAUAUACAGAUGAUGAUCCAGAAUAUCUUCGUAUUAGAAACAUGGCAGCUGACCUUAGGCAGGACUUCAAUGUGAUGGAGCAGAAGAAGAGAGUGACCAUGAUUCUCCAGAGCCCAUCUUUUAGAGAGGAACUGGAGAGUCUCAUCCAGGAACAGAUGAAGAAAGGAAACAACUCCUCCAAUAUCUGGGCUCUCAGGCAAAUUGCUGACUUUAUGGCCUGCACCGCUCCCUCUGCCUUCCCCACCUGUCCCAUCAACUCUUCAAUGGUGACGCCUAUCAAUGACAUUCACUGCAACGAUCCUGUUCCACUGGCCAAGGGUGAGAGGCUCAUGAGAUGCAAGCUUGCCAGUGUAUACAGACUACUCGACGUCUAUGGAUGGGCUCAGCUCAGUGGAACAUUUGCUUCGAUAAGAGUUAAUAAAGAACAGGACCAUUUCUUAAUAAGCCCUCGAGGGAUUGCUUGCUCUGAGGUGACAGCUUCAAGCCUUGUGAAGGUCAACAUUUUGGGGGAGAUGGUGGAAACGGGUAGCACCAGCUUUGAGGUGGACACGUAUGACUUCAGCCUUCACUCUGCCGUCUAUUCUGCAAGACCAGACGUGAGAUGUAUCAUCCAGCUACACACUGCAGCCACAACUGCGGUGUCAGCAAUGAAAUGUGGUCUCUUGCCCAUCUCUCAUGACGCCUUGCUGGCUGGGGAGGUGGUCUACUAUGACUAUAAUGGUGACAUGGAAGAGGAAAAAGACAGAAUUGAACUCCAAAAGUGUCUGGGACCCACAUGCAAGAUUCUCGUUCUGAGGAAUCACGGAGUGGUGGCGCUCGGAGAAACAGUGGAAGAAGCUUUCUAUAAAAUUUUCCACCUGCAGGAGGCUUGUGAAAUUCAGGUCUCCGCAGUGCCCAGUGCUGGAGGUCCCGAGAACCUGAUCCUGUUGGACAAGGAAAAGUGUCGGCCCCACGAGGUGGGCACGGUGGGCUGGGCUGGCAGCAUGUUUGGACCCAUGCAGAAGAGCCGGUUGGGAGAACAUGAAUUUGAGGCUUUGAUGAGAAUGUUGGAUAAUCUGGGUUACCGUACAGGAUAUGCUUACCGGCACCCAUUUGUCCAAGAAAAAACAAGACACAAGAGCGAGGUGGAGAUACCAGCCACCGUGACUGGGUUUGUUUUCGAGGAAGAGGGCGUUCCUCUCUCUACCCUACGUCAACACGCCCAGAAACAGCAAAAGGAAAAGACCCGCUGGCUAAACACACCCAACACUUACUUACGGGUCAAUGUGGAUGAAGAAAAUGUAAGCAGCCCUAGGAGCAAAACCACGUGGCUGAAAGCAGAUGAAGUGGUGAAGCCCAGCAGUGGAAUGCCAAUCCGUAUUGAGAACCCCAAUCAAUUUGUACCACUAUUCACAGACCCUCGUGAAGUCCUAGAAACAAGGAACAAAAUCCGAGAGCAGAAUCGCCAAGAUGUGAAGUCUGCCGGUCCUCAGUCUCAAUUAUUGGCUAGUGUUAUAACAGAUAAAAGCAGAAGCCCGUCUGCAGACAGUCACUUGGCUUCCAAAACAGAAGGUGAAACCAAGGAGCAGCCAUCUCCAGAAGAGCCACAAGAACCUGAGACACCCAACCCAUUUAGCCAGCUGACUGACCAGGAGCUGGAAGAAUAUAAGAAGGAGGUGGAAAGGAAGAAGCUGGCCCCUGAUGAUUUGGGUGACAAAGAAAUAUCCAAUGAGGAUUCACAACCUUCUCUAGUGACCCCGCCCACUUCUCCAGCCAGAAGUCCCACAAAAGUCCCUGCUGCAUCUGGGUCUCCUUCAAAGUCCUCAGAAGGCACGGAGAGGAAGGAAAAGACCCCAGCAGCCACAGAAGCAGAAACUGCAGAAGAAAAAGCCCCACCAUCUGUGGUGUUAAACGGUAAAGAGGAGGAUCAGCCUCCUCCAGAGGAACCACCGGCUAAAGUCACAGACACAGAGACCCCCAAAGGGAAAAACGAUACCGUUCACAAUGCCUCCCCAGAAGGAUCCCCCACAAAAUCACCCUCCAAAAAGAAAAAGAAGUUCCGUACACCUUCCUUCUUAAAGAAAGGAAAGAAGAAAGAAAAGGAAAAAGAAAAAGUAGAGUCCUGAUUUCCUGGAGAAAACUGAACAGAUAGGGUAAUCAAGCCCCUUUGCUGCCAGGGGGUUAAAUAUACCCUGUUUAAUAGGGACAUCAAGAUUAGAGAUGGGCUGUUUGCUCGUGACUCAGUCAUAUGUGUACGGACUGGGCUGGACAGAUCAGAAGGUCCACAGCCUCCUUGAACAAUCCAUCUUAUCUCUCUAAAAGACAUUUUCAUAAUGUUUCCAGCACCGCAGACACCAGGAGGAUGAACACUGCACCCGACCUAGUUUAAAGACCCACAAUCAUGUGAUAAACCUCAGUUUUAUGUUUUCCAUAAAAAAAAGAACACUGUUUAACAGUAAAUUACGUUCUCUUUAAUCAUAGCCAGAUACCGGGAAGGGCAGCCUAAUAACUGGAGAUAUCCAUACAAAACUAUGGAGAUCUGCCAUGUUUUGGCUAUUAUAGUGAAUGUGGAGGCAACCAUAGUGGCUACGGCUACUUAUGACAUUAGAAUAUCUGCUUUCUCUUAGAGGCCAUUGCCUCCUGGUUGGUAGAUUAUUCAUCACUACACAAAAUAAAUACACUUAUUGCAGAUCUGAAUAUAUUCCAAUGCACGUGAACACGUAUCCAUUUUGGGGGAUGCUGUACUGAAUAUUCUGCAUUUAAUCCAUUAUCCACAAUCCCAAGAGUCGAUCACAGACAAUACUAGCCCAUGGGCUGGCAUUUCAUUAUUUAUAUGGUACUUUGUGGCAUUUGGGAAACAAAUAAAAAUGCACAUCCGGGUCUCCCUCUUGGUGCGCUUUGCUUGGAUCCAGCCACAAACUACAACAGCUCAGCCCACGGCACCAUAAUGCCCCAAGGCGUGCCAAGAUGGACAAUCCACCCCUGACCGGGCUUCAUUUCUUAUCUGUGGUUCUUCACUUAGGUUAUCAUGUUUUAACGUGUUCUUUGUAUUCUUUGGAUUUGUAUAUGGUACAAGUAGGUUGUAGUUUAAAGACAGACUCUCAAUUAAAAGCUAUCGUGUCUUGGAGGGGGGAGAUAUUUUAAGGACCACGAGACCAUUUUAUUUUCUUAUUUGUUGUAAAGACCAGGAAUCCAACAGGGUAUGUGACUUGUGAGGGGGACACUUCUGGAUUUACCAAGCUUGAAAUACAGAUGCGAUGACCACAUCACUUUAGGUGUAGAGUUGUGCCGUGUUAGCCAUGGAAAGCGAGAAAGCUAAUUUGGUAAAGAUGAUACCUUUAUUGGCUAACUGACGUAGAAUGGAUUGCAAGCUUUCAAGACGGUCUAGGUCUCUUCCACAGGCAUUUUAUACAUCGCUUUAUUAACCGUUUCUUUGAAGUUUUACUUCUUUUUGAUGUUUUUUGUCAAUGGUUUAUGCAACAGUGAUACGGAUAGUUGGCAGUGAGGACUUUCUGUGUGGGGAAAAAACCAACAUGGCUUCCGUCUAAAUAGCACUUCUCUUUGAAACCAUAUUUUUCAAAAUGGAACCUUACACCAACGUUCUAAACGACCGAAUCCGUGGAUUCUCCCUCAUUCACAACACACUGUUUAGCAAUAUUUGUGUGACAGAUAGUGGGGGGAAAAGUGACAUUUUUACAGAACUUUACACAUUUCAUUGAGUCGAGUUGAUCACCAGAAUACUCUUCUUGAAUAUGCAUUCCAAUAACUUUUGGGGGAGAUCUUGAAUGUUCCCUGUGCUGUGACACCAAUAAUACAACAUAUUUAUUGUCUUACAUCACCCGAGUAUAAUAAAAUGAUACAAGGAA